AUGGCAGCUUCCUUCUUGGCCUUCCUAUUCCUUUUGUUACCCUCUUUAGUCUGUUCACUAUCGUUUGAUCUGCCAAGAAUUGGUCCUGAGGAUAAAGAUGUGCACAUUAAAGUGGAAGGAAACGCAACCAUCACAAACCGUGGCAUCCAACUCACACCAGAUUCGAAUAACAAAGUCGGUCGAGCCAAGUAUGUUGAAUUGUUCCACCUAUGGGAUAAGGCUUCUGGAGGUUUAGCCGAUUUCACCACCCAUUUCACUUUCAACAUCGACUCAAAUGGCAGCUCUCACUAUGCUGAUGGGAUGGCCUUUUUCAUGGCUAAUUUUACCACCCCAUUCGAUUUAUAUCUGACAAAUGGCGGCGGCCUUGGCCUAAUGGAUCCCUAUAAACCAUCUCCGGAUCAUUUCCUUGCUGUGGUGUUCGAUACGUUCUCAAACGAGGAGACUAUGUCAAUGACAAAUGUAAGUAUCAUCAUUGAUUCUGUACAAGAACCCCAGGAGAGCACAGUGUGGUGGAACAACGUAACACUUGGGAAGAAUAACAAUGCUUCCAUAACUUAUAAUGCUGCUUCCCAGAUUCUUCAAGUUGUUUUUACAGGAUUCUGGGAUGGCCAGUACUUGACAGGCAACCUUAGCCAUAAGGUUGAUCUCAGGUACUUGCCCGAAUUCGUUAAUGUUGGCUUCUCAGGUUCAACAGGAAUUUUGUCUGAGGAAAACACUGUAAGCUCUUGGCGUUUCAAUUCCACUCCACCCAGGUCGUUCGGUAGUUUAUCUCGUUCCCCAGCUCCGAGUCCAAGUCCAAUUCCUGAAGAAGAGAAGAACAAGAAAGGCCUACUAGUGAUAGGAUUGAGUAUUGGUGUUCCAACUUUAGUUGCUCUCUUGGCUUUACCCAUCAUCUAUACUUGUCUUAAGAAGAGACGGGCAGUGAAAGGGAACAAUCAUGAGUCUUUUCCAGCUCAGGACAUGGAUACUGAAUUCCAAAUGGUUAGCACUGGUCCUAAAAAGUUCUCAUACACUGAAUUGGAGACUGCAACUAACAACUUUGCAUAUGAGUAUAAGCUUGGAGAAGGGGGGUUUGGAGGGGUUUAUAGAGGUUUCUUAAGGAGCCUAAACUUGGAGGUGGCUGUCAAGAGGGUCUCAAGUGGGUCUAAACAGGGGAUUAUGGAAUAUGCAUCAGAAGUAAAGAUCAUCAGUCGAUUGAGACAUAGAAAUUUGGUACCACUCCACGGUUGGUGUCACGAGAAAGGUGAGUUGUUGCUUGUUUAUGAAUACAUGCCUCAAGGCAGUUUAUACUCCCAUCUCUUCAAUACAAACUCACCUUUGAAUUGGGAGAUCAGGUAUAGAAUUGCACAAGGCUUGGCCUCAGCUUUGUUCUAUCUUCACGAAGAGUGGGAACAAUGUGUGUUGCACAGGGACAUUAAGUCCAGCAAUGUCCUGUUGGAUUCGUGCUUCAAUGCUAAACUAGGCGAUUUUGGGUUAGCCUGGCUUGUUGACCAUGAAAAACCACCCGAAAAAACCUUAGUUGGAGGGACACUAGGGUAUGUCGCCCCAGAAUGUUAUUUCACAUUAAAGACUACCAAAGAGUCAGAUGUGUAUAGUUUUGGAAUUGUCGCAUUAGAAAUUGCAUGUGGACAAAGAGCAAUAAUUUCGUUAGAUGAACCAGGAGGUUUCAAAAGGUUGGUGGAAUGGGUUUGGGAUUUGUAUGGAAUGGGAAAGGUAAUGGAAGCUGCAGAUCCUAAGCUAUGCGGAAACUUUGAGAGGCAAGAAAUGGAACAAUUAAUGAUGAUCGGGCUAUGGUGUGCUCAUCCUGAUAGUAAAUUUCGACCAAAAAUAAGUCAAGCUUUACAUGGUCUUCAAUUCCAAGUACAGGUGCCCACCCUUCCAUCAGAAAUGCCAGUUUACUCAACUUCUUAUAAUGUGCCAUCCUUUUCAUGCUUGAGUUCACAGAUAUUUGAGGGCUAUACGAGUCCCAGCAGCAAUAACAGUUAUCCCUCGCAUGUAACUUCAUAUUCAACCCCGGAUGCGUCACAUAAUCCUACACACUGAUAGCACCAACCUUCUUGGCUUCCCUAUCUUAAUUCCAAACAAAAACAUCAUGUACUGUAUGUGUCUGAUAAAGAUAUAUUUAUGUGUGCUUGCUAAAAAGUCAUUGUCCAUGUUGUUGUCUCUCUUGUAUAUAUCUCUUCUUUGUGAUUACAAUAAAGUUGUACUCCGUAUAAGAAAAGAGGUGAUUGAAAAUGUAUGAGUGUGAGAUACUAUUGUAGAAGGUUAUGUUGACAUGUUAUAACAAUUGGUGUGUUUCUUCCAUUGGUAUUUUUUGGCGCUUAAAUAUAUAUUUUAUUUG